AUAGCAAAGCAGAAUAAAGUCAAUAAAUAAAAAAAAAACGUGAUUUUCAUGUCAAAAACAAAAAUUUGAAAAGUAGAAUUUUGUUAUAUUAAUUAAAAUAAUAUUAUAAUUAUGGGACUUUUUGAAUUAAGUUCUUGGGGCGAUGGAGGAAAUAAGGAGAGGAAUAAAAAGAAACAUUCUCAGAAACGAAAAAAAUUUCAAGACAAAGAAAAAGGAAAUAUCUUGAAAUCAAAGAAAAAGAAAUUUGAUUUAACCAUUAAAAAUAAUUCUCCAAUUAAAAUGACAAAUUCUCCAAAAAAUGAAAAAUUAAUGCAAAAAAAUAAAAAAAAAUUACAACAAAAUAAACAAAAUCCACCCACAGCAAAUGUAAAUAAAAUAAUGAAAAAACAAUUAUUAUCAUCGAAAAUUUCACAUGAAACAUUGCCAAUAAUGACAAAAAAAUUAACAUUUCUUGGAAUAAAGGGACCAGUUUUAGAAAAAAAAAAAAAUUUACAAAAUCAAAAUAAUAAAAAACAAACGAUGAAAAUUAAAAAGAAACAAAAGAAAUUUAUUAAAAGGGAAAAAAAUUUACAAACAGAAAAAUUAGGUGAAAAUUUACAGCAACAGGAAAAAUUAACGAUUUCUACAAAAUUGGGGAAAAAGGAGAAAAAAAGGACACAAAUUACAUCGAAUAUAGAAAUAGAUAAUAGAAAACGAUCAAAAUUUGAAGAUUUUGAAGAAAUAAUUGAAUCAAAGAGACGAAAAAAGUUGAAAGAUAAUAAUUCUAAUUUCUCGGUAAUUGGUCGUAAUUUAGUAGUUCUUAAAACAAAAGAAGAAAAUUUAAAAAGCGGAAAAAAUCAAUUAAAUGAAAAGAUAAAUGUUAAUAGAUUAAAAGGAAUGUUAGAGGAUAAACAAAAAGAGAAGAAAAAACGUAAAUGGGACAAAUCACUAUCGUUAAGAGAAAGAAUGAUGGCACAACUUCGAUCGUCGAGAUUUCGUUUUAUUAAUGAAACUUUAUACAAUAAUGCAAGUUUUGAGUCAAAAAAAUAUUUUAAAGACGAUCCUGAUGCUUUUAAUGCUUAUCAUGAAGGAUUUCAACAACAAGUUGAUAAUUGGCCAUUAAAUCCUGUUGAUAUUAUUAUUGAAUCGAUUAAAAAAAUGCCAAAGGAUUAUAUUGUAGCCGAUUUUGGAUGUGGUGAAGCAAAAAUUGCGGAAUCAGUUUCUCAAAAGGUGCAUUCAUUUGAUUUUGUUGCUUUGAAUGAAAAAGUAACGGUUUGUGAUAUGGCGCACACGCCACUUUUAAAAAGCGGUGUAAAUAUCGUUGUUUUUUGUUUAUCUCUUAUGGGAACGAAUCUCAAUGAUUAUUUAUUUGAGGCAAAUCGAGUUCUCAAAAAAGGGGGAAUAAUGAAAAUCGCCGAAGUAGAAAGUAGAUUUGAAAAUAUCGAGGAUUUCAUCAAAUUAGUCACUAGCUAUGGAUUUGUCAAUACUUGGGCGGAUAUUUCAAAUGAUCUCUUCUAUUUUUUGGACUUUAAAAAAGAAAAAGAUAUUGAAAAUGGAAAAAAGAAACUUCCCGCUAUUGAACUCAAACCCUGUUUAUACAAAAGAAGAUAGAAAUAUAGGCUAAAAUGACAUGUGAAUUUACUUAGUUUUUCUCUUUUUUUUACAGUCAACCGAAAAAUUUUCGUUUUAAUGCAAAAAUCGAUGUUUUUUAUUUUUAGAAUUUGAUAAUUUUCUUAAAUAAAUCGAUAAUUUAUUUAGGAAUAAAAAGAGAAAUACUUUUAGUUUUACGAAACUAAAUCUACUUUUACAUUUAAGAAAAUACAAUAAAAAAAUAUAUAAAUAAAUAAAAUGAAAAAUGGAUAUUGAUAGAAAAAUUGUAAAUAAUAAGAGAAAUUGUUAACUAAAUAGUAAAUAAAAAAAUUUACUAAAUUUA